CCAGGACGGAGGUGUAGCAGUGGAAGCGGAGCGCAAACCAGAGCGGCACUCGUUCACUUGGGGGACCCACUUGGCUGGCUGAGCUUUAAGGGAUAUCGAGAAACAGCACGGAUGAUGCGUUUUGCAUUUCAUUUGUUCAAUGAAAGAGAAGACGUACAGCAGAGAUGGGGACCGGACAGCGACUCGUUAAACUUUCACCUCAUCAUCGGUCUUCAGCCAAACCCCGCGGCGGUCACAGUUCGCUCGUUGGGCCUCUAUUGAUUUUCAUUCUUCACUCGUGCGCCGCCUUUAACUUAGACACAGAGAGACGGCAGAGUUUCUCUGGACCCCAGGGAAGCUACUUUGGCUAUUCUGUGGAUUUUCUCAGUAGUUCGCCCAGUAUCAGUAUUUUGAUUGGUGCUCCGAGAGCCAACACCAGCCAAUCCAACAUCAUUGAAGGAGGAGCGGUUUAUGUGUGCCCCUGGAGCCAAUCAAAUUGCAGCAUCAUCAACUUUGACAAGCAAGGGGACCGGCAUUUUGAUAAUGGUGAUGUUAACACUCAAGUAGAGUUCAAGUCCCACCAGUGGUUUGGGGCCACUGUGCGCUCCCACAAUGACGCCGUCCUGGCAUGUGCACCCAAGUAUUAUUGGAGGACCGAACAUGACACUCCCUUCGCCGAUGUCACAGGAACCUGCUACCUUUCUGUAGACAACCUCAAGUCAUUUGUGGAAUAUGCACCAUGCAGAACAGAAAGACAUGGGCCUGCAGGCCAGGGCUAUUGUCAAGGAGGAUUUAGCGCAGAUUUCACUAAGAAUGGAAAAGUUGUGCUUGGAGGACCAGGAAGCUUUUAUUGGCAAGGACAGUUGAUCUCAGCCACCACGGAGGAGAUUGUGAAGGCCUACUACCCCUCUUAUUUCCUGCUGUCUGUUGCCGGGCAGAUUCAGACCAGACAGGUGCAGGGGAGCUAUGAUGACAGUUACCUGGGUUACUCUGUGGCCAGUGGGGAGUUCAAUGGGGAUGAUGAGGAAGACUUUGUCACAGGAGUUCCCAAAGGACUCAUGCUGUAUGGUUUAGUGUCCAUACUAAAUGGGAAAGACCUGAAACCGGUGCUAAACUUGACUGGGGAGCAGAUGGGGUCCUACUUUGGCUAUGCAGUGGCAACCACCGACAUCAAUAAUGACGGUCUGGAUGACCUGGUGGUAGGAGCCCCGAUGUUCAUGCGUCGGAGUCCUGAUGGGCGUUUGGAGGAGCUGGGUCGUGUCUACAUUUACAUCCAGAGGAGCCCUCUGCAGCUGGAGCUUAGUCGGCCCCACCUAAAUGGCACACAGGCCUUCAGCAGAUUCGGCACUGCCCUGGCCCCACUUGGGGACCUCAACCAAGAUGGGUUUAAUGACAUAGCUAUUGGCUGUCCUUAUGGAGGAACAAACCAACAGGGAUUGGUUUUCAUUUACAAUGGACAUGCUGAUGGACUAAAGGACAAGCCCAGUCAGACCCUCACGGGUCAAUGGGCUUCCAGUUCCUUUCCAGCCAGUUUUGGCUAUGCUAUCCGAGGAAACAAAGAUCUGGAUCAAAACGGCUAUCCAGAUCUUAUUGUUGGAGCUUUUGGGGUUGACAAGGCAGUGCUGUACAGGGCUCGGCCCAUAGUUAAUGCCAGUGCAUCCCUCACAGUACAGCCAAACAUAUUCAACCCAGAGGAGAAGACUUGUGAAGUGUCCAGAGGGAACGACACCAUUGCUGUAUCCUGUGUAAGCAUCAGUUUCUGCCUUCUGGCUAAUGGGCAGCACCUCCCCUCUGAUCUAGGCUUUGUUGUGGAGGUGCAGCUGGACAGUCUGAAGCAGACUCAGGCAGAUUCCAUCAGAAGAACUCAGUUCCUGGACAGCCAGCAGUCAGGCCUGAUUAAGACCUUUAGCGUGGCCAAUGGAGGGCAGAUAUGUCAUGACUCCAAGAUCUAUCUCCAGAGUGAGGGGGAGUUUCGGGAUAAACUCUCUCCCAUUUAUGUCAGUCUCAACUUUAGCCUGGACCCGCUUUCUCCAGUGGAUGAGCAUGGCCUCAGCCCCAUCCUGAAUUACCAAACCGUACGGCAAAUAGAGCAGAAGGCCCACAUUCAGCUGGACUGUGGAGAGGACAAUAUCUGUGUCCCUGACCUAAAGCUAGACGUUUACAGUGACAAAACGGAGGUGUACCUGGGUGAUGAGAAUUCCCUAACGCUGACCUUCAAUGCCAGAAAUGAAGGCGAAGGAGGUGCCUAUGAGGCUGAACUCUAUGUGGUGCUCCCUGCAGAGGUGGACUACAGCGGGAUAGCACGCAACGUGAAUCUGACUCAGCUGACAUGCAGUUAUGAGGCAGAAAACCAAACCCGCAAUCUUGUUUGUGACCUCGGUAACCCUAUGCGGUCUGGGACCAGUUUAUGGGCAGGCCUGCGGUUCACCAUGCCCAGAUUGAAGGAUACGCACACGAGUGUACAAUUUGAGCUGCAAAUACGCAGUAAAAAUGAGAAUAACUCCCAGAGUGAAGUGGUUCUCUACAAUCUGGAGGUGGCAGUGCUGGCAGAUGUGAUUCUCCAGGGUGUUUCUCGGCCAGACAGGGUCAUCUUUCCUCCACCCAACUGGAGAGACAGCCACACCCUGCAGAAGGAGCAGGACGUUGGCCCUGAGGUUCAGCAUGUCUAUGAGCUGGUGAAUAACGGGCCCAGUGGGAUCAGCCUGUCGAUGCUACAACUGAGCUGUCCUCUGAGGGCUCACGGUCAUGAGCUGGUCUACCCUCUGGAGGUCAUCACUCAGGGACCCCUCAGCUGCUCCUCGAACAAUACCUUCAAUGCACUGAAACUUGAGCUCCUGCCUCCAACAACAGAGAAGUUCCCAUCGCUGUUGACCGGCCCAGAGCACCGUGUCCAUAGGAGGGAGGUGUACAAGUACCCACUGGGUGACCAAGGCAACUUGUCCUGCUCUACAGUGGAUUGCUGGCAGCUGCAUUGCAGCGUGGGCCUGCUUGAGAGGGGAGCCAGUGUCAUCUUGACUGUCCGCUCCAGACUCUGGGCAGAAACCUUCAUGGAGAGAGCCUACAAGCAAUAUGUUCUUGAAUGUUCUAUGCUGUAUAAGGCGGAAAAGAUGCCAUAUUCUAUUACUCCUAAAUAUAAACCCUCUGGAUCCAAAAAGGUCAUAACCCCUGUGUUGUGGAACAAGCCUGACAGUCAGAACUCUGUUCCAGUGUGGAUCAUCAUUCUGGCUGUUCUAGCUGGCUUGCUGCUGCUCGCCCUGCUCAUAUAUCUACUGUACAAGAUGGACUUUUUUAAGAGGGCAGACCCUUAUGGUACAACCAUGGAGAAGGCCCAACUCAAACCCCAGGCGUCUUCUGAAGCCUAGGUCCAAGGACAUGAAACCUGCCAUGCAGCUGCUCUGGAUAACUGGAAAGUCAUCACAUUUCCAAGAAAAUUACUAACCUUGUUCUUAAUGAAAAGCAGGCAACCAAUAUGAAGGAGGUUUUGUGGGAGGCAUACCACUGGAAUAUUUUAUAUCUAGUGCUGCACUAAAUCGCCGAAGCAGGAAAGCGUCCACAAGCCAGGCAGUUACAAAUAGAAGUGUAGCUCUGUUUUUGGAAUCCAUUUGUAAAAUUAGAGCAGGUUGUCAAUGGACAUGGAAAACUGUCUUUACAGAGACGGCCACACAAGGGCCUAUGCUACACAAGGUGUACUAGGUCAAUCCAAAAAGAGAAAAAAAAUGCAAAUGUUCAUUGAGGAUUUCAUAUUCUAUAUGAUUAUCAGGAAAAUAUGACAACUUCACUCUGCCCUCUCUUAGCUAUGGUAAAUCAAAUGAACAGCUACAUAGGAAAUAAAAUGCACAGUACUAAGGCAGUUAGUUCCUUUAUAUGGGAGCAUCAGGAUAGUCUGCAUUUCAAACCAUAUUUGCAAUCUCAUUGUUAAAUAUUCAUUGCAUUCCGUGCUUUGUAUAAUCUGUUAACAACUCAUUAUUUAUGUUUUUCCACAAUAUUUCUUAUUGAUUGUUGAAUGUUGAACUGUUUGUGCUGGAAAAUCCCAAAUGAAAUUGCAGUGUUUAACUUGAAUUAUCUCUCUCCCAUAUUGGGAGGUAUUUUGUGUAUGAUGUAAUGUUCGCAUUGUGUUAUGGCCAUUGGUGUUGUGGCAUGAAAUAAAUUCUAAUUUUCUAUACUCAACUAGAAUGCCAUUAAUGCCCAAGCUUUGAUCAGAGAGACACAAAAAGGACACAAACUAGGGUGUCUGGGUAGCGUGGCGGUCUAUUCCAUUGCCUACCAACACAGGGAUCUCCGGUUCGAAUC